UUUGGAGAACUGAAAUCCCAAAUGCCCUUUUUUCAGAAAAAAGAAAAAGAAAAAGAAAUUCUCUCUCUUCUUUCUUCUUCCUCAAACACUGAUACCACUUACUUUCUCUCUCCUCACACAACAAUGGCGGUUACUACAUCUCGCCAUCAACGUUCUCACUCACCUUCUGGAAGAUUCUGUUCAUCUACAAUAUCAUCAUCUUCUUCCUUCGCUUCAUCAUCUCCUACUUUCUCAUCUCAAUCUUCCUCUCUUUUACACCGAUCUUCUUCUCCAACAAGAAUAAGCAUAUACGGAUCUUCUCCUCAAACGACGUCGUCUUCCGUGAGAUUCUCCAUCAACAACAACCGAAACACAUCUCCAAACAGAUCGUUCUCCGCCGUUAAUCGAAAUCGAAAUCCAUUUCCAGCAGGAAAGAAGAAAACAUGUAUGUGUUCUCCAACAACACAUCCUGGUUCAUUCCGGUGUAAUUUCCACAAGAAUCUCGAAUCAAAACGACAGAAUACACCGUCGUAUCAGCCGAAUCGAUUGAAUAUGAGGAGAUCAGCGAUGACGAACUCUUUAGUGAGAAUCGGAAGUGUUGAAGGUGGUGAAUCGGUGAAACGUGCUCUUUCUAUGUUGAUUCGUCCGUGCGCGCACCAGCAAAGAAGGAGAGGUGAUUUUCAACCUCGUCCGAGUCGACUCAGUGUCAUGUCUAAAGCUGAAGAUGAAGAUCAUUGAAGAAACCUUUCAAUCUAUCUGACCAAAAUUUCGAGUUUUCUUUUGUUAUGUUGUUGUUGUUAUUAUUAUGUACAGGAGCGGCGGAGCGACCGAGUUGGCUCACCGAGUUGCGGAUCGGUUUGACUCACUGAGUUUCAUACCGAGUUGUCUGUCUUGCCGAGUUUUUGUCUUUUUGUGUAUAGAAAUAUCAAGAUCGGAAUAUAAUUUUUUUUUUUUGUUUAUUAAAUAUUAAUUUCUUGAUCUUUUCCUUGGACUGAAUAGUAGUACUUGUUGAAAUGAUUUCAAUGAAUUUGUUUAAUUUUACGCGUUUAA